CAGACACUCCGAAGAAAAAUCGGAAUAAAAAGUGUUCGUGAGCGAUUUACCGCCAGUUACCACAAAUAUAGUGACCCCUUGUAUAUGAUAAAAAUAAUCUUCUUGCGCAACACUGUAUGAACUAGUUACCAAGGAGUUCCGUAGUAAAUAAACAAACAAUAAUGUUGAAUGAAUCGAAAAAGACUUAUUCCUGGUGAAAUCAAGGAAGAAUCGGAGCUAUCAGAAUCGAAACAAGCAUUUCGUGUCUAUGAUUUGAAGAGAAACAUUUAAUACGCAGCUGUUGUUACUUCUGUCCAGAAGACUGGUCCGGAAAAGGACGAACUAUGUCCGCCGUUAUUGUCGAUCGCCACGCGAGAUCUUGGAGAUAACACUGUCCAAAGAUGCAGUGGAGAUUGAAAUUAAGGUGGAAGAAGAACUGGUUGAUUCAAGGACAAAGAACAUUGAUGAAGUUGGUUGCGGAAUGGCUUCUAAAAGUAAUGCUACUGAAAACAGCGAAAACAUGAACGUAUAUAUUCCUACUAGCAUUAAGACUAAACUUGAUUUUGGAGACCAUACUACAAAACAAAGUCGAUCUAACGGUGAACCGGGAUUUGAUGAUAUUGGUCUUACAAACUUCACCAAAUGUGUCAUAUGUGACCAACAGUUUGCCAAGCUGUUUAUUUUGAACGACACAUGCAAACACAUACCGAAGGAGCAUCGUAUUGUUGUGACAUUUGCAGGAAAAGGCUACAUCGAGAAAAGUGCUUGGAAGCGGCAUCAGUUUCGCCAUACAGGCCAGCAGCCUUACAAGUGCGUCCGUUGUGAAAAAAGUUUCGCUGACGAGUAUUGUUUAAAGCUGCACAUACGAACUCAUAGCGGUGAACAGCUGUUCCGAUGCGAAUUUUGCAAUAAGGGCUAUUCCGUGAAGAGCUUACUGAUUCGACACCGGAGAUCUCACACCGCCGAACGGCCGUUCAAGUGUGAGAUAUACGGUGAAAGCUUUGCUGAUCAACAUUAUCUGGGAAUACACACGAAAGUUCAUACUGGUGAUCAGAAGUACAAGUGCGAAAUUUGUGGCAAAGGGUACAGUUCGAACUCCAAAAUUUUGGCUCACAUGAUGUCACACACUGGGGAGCAUCCACACAUAUCUGUGGUAGAAACUUCGACAGACUAAACGCUCUGUGAUAUCACAGUGUGGUGCACACAACUGAGCAGCAUUUCAAGUGUGAUAUCUGCGGAAAAACAUUUUCCCUCAUGGCACAGUUCAAGUGACAUUUAAAAUCUACUUCGCAUAUGAGAAUUUUUCGAUGGGCUAAGUAAGUGUAUCGGGGCUUGUAUAUAAAUACAAAUAAUAAAAAAAACUUCCAUAACUCAGACUUUAAUAUAAAAAGAAUCCUUAGACAACUGUUUCGUUAGCAAGUGGAUCAUUCUCAGUUUUCACAACAAAAGAAUUCUUUCAGUAAUUCCAAAUGACCAGUCGAUUCAUUGGUCUAGUUCUGAAACAGUUGUAAUUUACAACAAAAAGAGGAUUUCUUACUCGAGACAUUCAUUUUGAUUUUUCGCUUUGAAACAUCCGAUCCGCAGUUUGUUUUGUUUACAUUUCUCAUGACUUCAAUAUGCAGUAACCAAGGUUAUGGUAACUGUUAUUCAAAAUCAAUAAAAUAUCAACUUGUGUUGCCAGUUUGAAUAUUUUUCCAAGCAAUUUCGUUUUGACAUUACGAGUUACUGAGGGGUAGUUAAA